AAAAUUUAUCUCAUACUAAACGUUAUUGUCUUCUUGGAAACUUGGCGUUGUGCUUUCUAUUAUUAGAAAAUUUAAUAAAAAUCCAAUUUUUAAAGUAAAAAAAAAAACUGUUUCAUUUCCCAAUUAAUAAAAUUUUAAUUGAGUAAAAUGAAAUUAUAUUUUAUUUCUUGGGGAUUGCUAUUAAUUGCAAUAUGCAUUUCAUGUGAAGAAUUAUCGGACAGUUUUGCUCUUCCAAAGAAUUUUGAACUGAAGAUGGUCAAUGCUCUAUUUAGACAUGGAGAUCGUACACCACAUCCAUUUUAUUAUGAGACGUACCCGAAAGAUCCAUUUGCAAAUGAGACAUACUUUCCUAUGGGAUAUGGGGCUUUAACAAAUAAGGGCAAAUUAAGAGCCUUUGAAUUAGGUACUUUUUUGAGGAGAAGAUAUAAUCAAUUUUUGGGUACCACUUAUAUUCCUGAAGAUAUUUAUGCUAGAAGUACACAAAUAGAUAGGGCACAGAUGACCCUACUUCUUGUUCUAGCUGCUUUGUAUCCUCCAGAUGCGCUUCAGAAAUGGGAACCGACUUUAAAUUGGCAGCCCAUACCAAUAACGUAUGAAAAAGCUGAUGAUGAUGUCUUACUAUUUGCCAGAAAAUGUCCCAAAUUCAUGAAAAUGUUCGAAGAAAUAGAAAAAUUAGACGAAGUAAAACAAUUGUUUGUAAAAUAUGAACCGCUUGCAACAAAUCUAACAAAAUUGACGGGAAAGAAUGUUAAUAGUCCUUCUGAAAUAUUUAAUUUUUUCAAUUUACUUGAUUGCCAAGAAUCAAUGAAUUUAUCGUAUCCAAUUUGGGCUAAAGAAACAUUAUUGGCCAAUAAAGAUUUCCAGGAGGCUGUUGACGUAUUAGAAAAAAUGAGAAACUACAAUAACGCACUGAAAAAACUGAAUGGAGGGCGACUUUUGAACCAAAUAACAAGUGAUAUGGUAGCCAAACAGAUCGGAAUGUUGAAACAAGGAACAAAAAUUAAAUUUUACAGUGCUCAUGAUUUUAAUGUGAAUGCACUUAUCUAUGCUCUUGGUGUAACAGAAUUUAAACGUCCCUUCUAUUGUAGUGCAGUAAUCUUAGAAAUGUAUAGUGAUGAAAAAAACAACUAUUACGUACAGAUUCUGUAUUAUCAUGGAGAUACAAAAAAGGUGGAAAUUUUAGAAAUACCGAAUUGCUCCUCAAUGUGUGAAUUUAAUAAAUAUCAGGAGUCAAUAAAAAAUGUAGUUCCAAUUAAGGAGAAAUUGGAAUGUUGUGAUAAUGGCUUGGAACAUUGUUCUUUAAACAUUAAUUAAUUUUUCUUACUAAUGUUUACUUGUAAAAUGUUAAACAAAAAGUGAAUAAAUAAAUGAAGAGCUAUUGCUCUCUAUAACUGAAAGAGAA